AAGCCGCAGAGCGGCUCCGAAAGCAGACAUGACCGCCUCGCACCCCGCCGACCGCGCCAGGUCGAGGGCGUGAAGGCGGCCGCCCCCGGCCAUGGCCGAGCGGCCCGCGGGAGGCGGCUCCCCGCGCAGCCCGGCGGAGCAGCCCUGCGCCGUGGCCGCGAAGGAGGUCCCCGACAGCGUGGCCUCCACGGCCUCCGGGGUCUCCACGACCGCGCCGCCCGAGGACCGGCGGCCUCCCACGCCGCCCGUGGCGCCCGCGCCGCCCGCGGCGCCCGGGCAGGAUGAGUCCAGCGACGGCUUCGAGCUGCGGUUCGACGCCACGCUGCAGCAGAUCCACGCCGGCAUCGGCCAGGCCUACGGGCACGCGGUCGCCUCGUCGCUCCAGUCGCCGAAGUGGGACAGGCGUGCGCAGGCCCUCAAGGCCGUGGCCUCGGCGCUGGAGGGCCGCCCCUGCGGGAGCGACUCGCUGGGCAGCCCUGCAGGGGGUGCCGGCAGUGCAGGCGGCGCCGUCGGCUGGCGGUUCAGUUGCCAGCUGCUCCACCAUGUGAUGAGGGACAAGGUCAUGCCGGUGAGGCUCGCGGCCUGCGACCUCUUCAUGGCCACGUUUGCCAAGACCGAGGCGGCGGUGUCGCAGGCCGAGGGCCGCUUCGCCCUGGGCACCCUGCUCGAGCACCUCAUCGAUAGGCUCGGCGACUCGAACUUGCGGCUCCACGAGAGCGCGCGUCGGUGCGUGCUUUUCGCUGCAGAGAUGUCGAGCUUCUUCGGCCUGGGGUCGGUGUUGGCCCGUCUGCGCGCGCGUCUGGAGAGCAGCCAGGGCAGCGAGCGCGCGAGGGUUCACUUUGGGAUCCUCGACGCGAUCGGCGUUCUGCUGGAGCACUUCCCCGGGCGCCGCGGCGGCACGGAGCCGCACCGGCCCGAGUGCGCCGAGGACGACGACCUGUCCGAGAGCGGUGUUGGUCGUGGCUCGGCGGACUCGUGGACGCAGGAUGACGUCGCGCCCUUCAUCGCAGCUGGCAUGGACGACGCGCUGGGGCAGCGGGUGCGCGACAGGGCGGUGGCCCUGGCGGUGGCCGUCUACCAGACGUUCGGCGCAGAGGCCAUGCUGCCCCUGCUCACCGGCCUCAGGCCUGCCAAGCAGGCGCUGCUGAGGAACUGGCGGCGCGUAAGGGUAGCCUUAAGUCGGGCGUGUCCCUUUGCAGGGGGGAUAUUCAAAAAUAGUCCGCCAAUAGUUUGGGGGCGAUUUUUGAGUGUAUUGUGUUGUUGCUUUUUCCUCCAAAAUACGCCUGUAAGGGGACAUGCCCGACCUAAGGGUAGCUAG